CGAAAGAUCCAGUUGGGGGGAGGGGGACUCCCCCAAGGGGGAGGAGACAGCUCGUGGUUGGCAGAGGCUCCUCCCCUCCUCCCCGGGGCGGCGGGCAGGGUGGGGUGGGUGUGCCACCUCCCCCAGGUGGGACCUCCUUCCCCACCUCCUCCUCCGCCGACCGACCCGCCGGGGACUCCGCCCGGCCUUGGAAAAGUCUCCGGGGAUGACACCUGUCACUUUCCUCUGAAGAGGGUCCCGGCAGCCCCACACUCCGGAACCCGGUGGCUCUGGUCCCCAGCCGGGAGGACCUUGGGGACAGAACUGAGACGUACCAUGGCCUCCGACCUGGAGAGUAGCCUCACCUCCAUAGACUGGCUCCCCCAGCUGACCCUUCGAGCUACCAUUGAAAAGCUUGGGAGUGCCUCCCAGGCUGGGCCUCCAGGGGGCAGCCGCAAGUGUUCCCCAGGCUCCCCCACAGAUCCUAAUGCCACUCUGAGCAAAGAUGAGGCAGCAGUCCACCAGGACGGCAAACCGCGAUACAGCUACGCCACCCUCAUCACCUAUGCCAUCAACUCUUCCCCAGCCAAGAAGAUGACCCUCAGUGAGAUCUAUCGCUGGAUCUGUGAAAACUUCCCCUACUACAAGAACGCUGGAAUCGGCUGGAAGAAUUCAAUUCGUCACAACCUUUCUCUCAACAAGUGUUUCCGGAAGGUGCCCAGACCUCGGGAUGACCCUGGAAAGGGCUCUUACUGGACAAUUGAUACCUGCCCUGACAUUUCCCGAAAGAGAAGACACCCUCCAGAUGAUGAUCUAUCCCAAGAUUCACCGGAACAGGAGGCCAGCAAGAGUCCCCGGGGAGGUGUUCCAGGGAGUGGAGAAGCCACGCUGCCUCUCGAGGGGAAUCCUCAGAUCUCACUUCCGAGCCCCACAUCUGUGGCCAGCUAUAGCCAGAGCACAGGGUCUGUGGAUGGUGGAGCAGUGGCCGCAGGGACUCCAGGCCGAGAAAGCACAGAGGGUCCCCCUCCCCUCUACAACACCAGCCAUGACUUCAAGUUCUCCUACUCAGAGAUCAACUUUCAGGAUCUAAGCUGGUCCUUUCGCAACCUCUACAAAUCCAUGCUGGAGAAGUCGUCUUCCUCCUCGCAGCAUGGCUUUUCGUCUCUUCUUGGGGACAUGCCACCCUCUAACAACUACUACGUGUACCAGCAGCCGACGCCCCCCCCGCAGCCACAGCCACAGCAGCAGCAGGCACCGGCCCAGGGUCCCUCAACUGUAGGGGGUGCUACUCCACUGCACACCCCAAGCCCUGAUGGCUGUACCCCACCAGGGGGAAAGCAAGCUGGCGCCGAAGGCUAUGGGCCCCCCACUGUGAUGGCCGUGCACCCUCCCGCGCUGCAGCACGGGGGCUACCCCCCUCACCAGCGCCACCCCCACCCCCACCCCCACCCUGCCCAGCCACCGGCCCAGCAGCAGGCUCACGGCCAGGCGCCUGCCAGCUCCCCUGGUUUUGCCUUCCCUCCAGACUGGUGCUCCAAUAUUGACUCCUUAAAGGAAAGCUUCAAGAUGGUAAACCGGCUCAACUGGUCCAGCAUUGAGCAGUCACAGUUCUCAGAAUUGAUGGAGAGUCUACGGCAGGCAGAGCAGAAGAACUGGACCCUUGACCAACAUCAUAUCGCCAACCUGUGUGACUCCCUCAACCACUUCCUCACUCAGACUGGUCACAUGCCCCCCCAAGGGGCCUCCCACCGGCAGCCAGCCCCUGCUCGCAUUGCUGACUCCUGUGCCCUCACUAGUGGCAAACCGGAGCCAUCCAUGAACCAAGUGAGCUCUUACGGGCACCCACAAGCCCCUCAUCUUUACCCUGGCCCGGCACCGAUGUACCCGAUCCCCACCCAGGACUCAGCAGGAUACAACCGCCCAACACACCAUAUGGUUCCACGGCCACCAGUCCCCCCUCCUGGUGCCAGUGAGGAGAUUCCAGAUGACUUUGACUGGGAUUUGAUCACCUAAUGCAUCAGGAUGGUGGUCAGCCAAAGGCCUGGAAGUUAAGUCUGCUGUGGCAAGAGCGAAUCCCAGCCCUUCUCUCCCUGUCCAGAGACCCGGAUCCUCUUGUUCCUCUCUCAGAGAAACCGCUGAAAGAUGCUGCCGAGGAUAAUGUCCUCUUCUGCCUCAUUCUCUUCUCUUUCUCCACGUGCCCCUGAUUGCUCAUUACUAUUCUGGUUAUUAUUAUUAUUGGUGUAUACUGCACUAGUCUGCUGCCCUACGUCACGGACUGUGUCUAGAAGACGAGGCCGUGAUAGCUGUACAGAUGGCUUUAAGUUCUGGUUUACCUUUCUCUCUGAGAAACACAACACAAAUUCCACCUUCCAGCUCCAAAUUGUUUUCUGUCCUGUCUGUUUUAGGAUGGCCCGAGAGGCCAUGUGAAGUAGAAGGGUCUACAACACUGCUUGGCAGCCAUAAAUUUGUGUAAGUUUAACUCAAUGGUGCUAAUUUCGGCCUCUAAGCUCUGCCUUAUCCCUUACUUCUGACAAUCCUUAUUCCCAGUGAAGAGUGGAAUUAAAGACAUGGAGUGAGUUGAGUAGAAUACCGUGGAAAAAUGUGUGCUGUAAA